AUGUUUCCCAGACCGGCUUUCUUUGCAGGAUGUGAACUGAACUUCGCAGAGAAUCUACUCUUCCCAGCUAGUCAGCCAGACCCUCUUUCGCUCGCUAUUCGUGAAGCUACAGAGACCACAAGGCGGGAUGUGACAUGGAAAGACCUUCGAGAACGAGUGCGGAUUUGCGCUGCAGGAUUGGUCGCGGCUGGUGUCAAGAAAGACGAUAGGGUAGCAGGCUAUCUGGCAAAUCACGCAAAUACUGUGGUCGCCAUGUUGGCAGCUACCUCUCUUGGUGCACUUUGGACGGGAGUGUCGCCAGAUACUGGUGUACAUGCAGUUCUUGACAGACUGAAGCAGGUUGAGCCAGUACUACUAUUCACAGACAACGCAGUCAAAUACAACCAGAAGACUCACGAAACGCAUGCGAAGCUCUCUCACGUCGCAUCCGAGCUCCCCUCCGUCAAAACAAUUGUCGUUUUCGAGACUAUUCCUGGUCAUCCUUUCGAUUUAAACGCCAUCCCAACCAAGGCCCUCGUCCAGACUGAAUCGACUUUCCUCGAGAACGCGGAUCUCUCUCGACCGUUAACGUUUCUCCCUUUACCUCCUGACCACCCUGUCUAUAUCCUUUAUAGCUCUGGCACGACAGGCACUCCCAAACCUAUCGUCCAUUCUGCCUUAGGCACUCUUCUGCAACACAAGAAAGAACAUGCCAUACACUGUGAUGUACAUCCCGGUGAUACAAUAUUCUACUUCACAACCUGCACAUGGAUGAUGUGGCACUGGUUAGUUAGUGGCCUAGCCAGUGGUGCCACCAUCGUCCUCUACGAUGGCAGUCCAUUCCAGCCUCAUAAGGAAAUUUCCAUGCCUCUGCUAAUCGACGAGCUCGGUAUCAACCACUUCGGCACGUCUGCGAAAUACCUAUCCGUCCUCGAACAAGCAGCUCUAAAUCCCGCAAAAGCAGAACCGAAAUCCGCACACCUAUCUUCUCUCAGAUCCAUCUUCAGCACUGGCUCUCCUCUUGCACCCUCUACCUUCCAAUACGUCUACAAAUCCCUCAAGGCCGAUAUUCUCCUUGGCAGCAUUACGGGUGGUACAGACAUUAUCUCUUUAUUCGGCGCACCAUGCCCAAAUCUUCCCGUUCACGCUGGAGAAAUUCAAUGUCGUGGCCUAGGCAUGUCAGUGAAAUGCUUCGAUGCCUCCGGCAAAGAUAUUACAUCCUCUGGAGAAGAAGGCGAAAAACGCUAUCGAUCUUCCUAUUUUGAAACCUUCACUGACUCAAAGACCAACCAGCCAAUCUGGCACCAUGGCGACUUUAUCCGUGUCAACCCAAAAACUGGCGGGAUCUGGAUGCUGGGUCGUAGCGACGGUGUUCUCAACCCCAUGGGUGUCAGAUUCGGCUCCUCUGAAAUCUACAACAUUCUCCUCAAGCACUUCUCCGCUUCUGUCGAAGACGCGCUCUGCAUUGGUCGAAGACGUCCUCAAGAUUCAGACGAAGUCGUCGUGCUCUUCCUGAAAAUGGCGCCUAAGCAUGAAUUUUCCCAACAACUUGUGAAAGAGAUUCAAGAUAUAGUGAGGAAGGAACUGAGUGCGAGACACGUCCCAAAAGUCAUCGAGGAAACACCUGAGAUCCCAUACACUAUGAACGGCAAAAAAGUCGAAGGUGCAGUCAAGCAGAUUCUGAGUGGGACGAAUGUCAAGACGAGUGCCAGCGUCGCGAAUGCAGGAUGUCUGGAGUUCUACAAAGAGUGGGCACAGAAAAAGUAG